UAAAGAGCGGUCGCUCGACAAACAUCACCACAACACAAUACUGGCAAUAUAUACCGUUUUAUUUGUCUAUUGUUCGCCUUCGGGCAUUUGGUCAAUUUGAAACGAUACAGAGAAGAUUAGCAUGGCCCCUGCACUAAGGAUGACACGCUCAAUCAAAGAGAAGCUACCAUUUUUUUUUUUUGCGUUCUUUUUGCCCAUGCAUCCAGGGGGAUUCGAAUACCCAAGGCGACGACAGCACGGGCCUGCUGCUCGCCCUUUUUCCCCGCUCUCUUUUUGCCUUCGACGCCGGCGACAUGAGUGUGGCUAUACGGUUUCCAGGCUCAUUGGGUAUUCAUUCAAGCCCACGAGUGUCUUUAUAUUGCAUCUGCUUACUGCCGCUAACAUCAAAACGCCCUUCGAAGAUUAUCAUUACAGCCUGCUGUUGACAUUGGCUCGACAUCCUUACCGUCAGCUUGACAUCAGUACCCCAGGAGGUAUACGCAACUCCACAAUGUUUGCUGUCAGCGACUCAAAGUACUGUGAAGGUAAUCACGCGCUUGUCUUAUCCUUUCUUUUUCAUGGCUCGUUUUUGUCAGCUCCUCCUAUGGUUGUCCCUUUUUUGAUAUUCAUGCGUCCGCCUUUCCCAACCUCAACGAUAUUCAACGAUUUGCUCUGUCUUUUGCAUUUUCAUCUACCACAUCACCACCCCCGGGACUGUUGUUACCCAUAUUCCACUACCGCACGGCAUCUCAGAAAGGACCUACUGCUUCACGGCGAUAGUCGUGUCUCAGAAACGAAGCCAAGAAAAAACCGAAUCGUAUUGCUUUGUCUUCCGAACCCUUGUAGCAGGGAUGGAUGGUGAUGCUCUGUUCCAACAUUUCCACGUAGAAAAUCGAUAUGUUCCGCCACAUCUUCGAAACAUGCCAUCCUACGUGUGCAGGCCUUGCUCAUCAGAUGGGUGAUUCUCAUGUAUCGUGUUGUAAUCUCUGAUAUGACGAGAAGCAUCCAAAAGUUGACGAUAUGUGAAUACGAAAGCAGAAACAGCAUCACAAUAAAUGCUGGAAGAUUGUGGGUGACGAUUAACAUGAAAUGAACAGAAAGACAUUCUGCAGAUUGCCGAGUGGAAAUAGGCAGAACAUACGGAAAUUUGUACAUAAGAAAGACUAAGACAGAGUAUACGCAUUAUCAAAUGACGAAGUAAACUAAAGCGUCAGGCUGGACCAGAGCGACUCCAGAACGUGGAAGAAACUCAGGUCGUAAACUACAAGAAUUAUCAGCGAACGUUGGGUUGCGAAGACCUCAAUCGACGCUGAUUGGCUGACAAGGUUGGCGCUGUGGGACCUCCGCUCCAAGAUCCGCAU